AUGGCCACCAUGCGCGCAAUCGACAUCAAAGGAGGCAAAGGCCCCGUCUCGGCCCUCUUCAUGAACCCGGAGACACCAAAACCAGUCCCCAAGGGCAGCCAGGCCCUGGUCAAGGUCAAGGCCUUUGGGCUCAACCGCAUGGACCUCUUACAGCGCGAGGGCGUGUAUCCUGUUCCUCCGCAAGCUCCGAAAACGCUGGGCGUCGAGUUCUCCGGCACAAUAGAGGCCUUUGGUUGCGAACCCGAGCGCGGAUUCAAUGUGGGCGAUGAAGUGUUUGGACUCGCCUACGGAGGCGCCUACGCCGAGUACCUCACGGUCAGCACGCACAUGCUGGUUCACAAGCCCAAAGAAUUGAGCUGGGAAGAGGCCGCGGGCAUCCCAGAGACCUGGAUCACCGCCACCCAAGCAUUGUAUCUGGUCGGCGAGUUCAAGCCCGGCAAGAGCGUGCUGUGGCAUGCGGGAGCCAGCAGCGUGAGCAUCGCGGGGAUCCAACUGAGCAAAGCCGACGGCGCUUCCGCCAUCUACGUGACGGCGAGUUCGCGGGAGAAGAUCGACUUCUGCAAAUCCCUCGGCGCCACCGAAGGCUUCAGCUACAAGGAAGGGGACUGGUCAAAGGCGCUGCUUAAAUACACGGAAGGGAAAGGAGCCGACGUGAUCAUUGACUUUAUCGGCGCCAGCUAUUUCAGUCAGAACCUCGACGCCGCUGCGAGGGACGGUCAUAUUGUCAAUUUGGGCACGCUGGGCGGCGCUGUCGUCAAAGGAGAUGUCGACGUCGGUCGGUUCCUAUUCAAACGGGUCAGGUAUGAGGGCACCACCUUGCGCAGUCGGGACGAGGCAUACCAGGGCCGUCUGAGGGAUAUGCUCGUGGAGCAUGCCCUGCCCAAGUUCAUCGAUGGGACGUUCAAGGUCAUCAUCGACAAAGUUUUCAAAUGGGAGGACAUCCAGGAGGCGCACAAGCAGAUGGAGUCAAACAAGACCAUGGGCAAGUUGAUCUGUACGAUUGAUUGA